AUGAGCGUCACACAAGAACAAAUGCGCUACGAUGAAGAGCAAUUGAGAUUAAUGGAAGAAGUUUGUAUUGUGGUAGAUGAAAACGACAAGCCUGUGCGAUCAGGCUCCAAAAAAGAAUGUCAUUUAAUGGAAAACAUACAUAAAGGAUUAUUGCAUAGAGCAUUUUCUAUGUUUCUUUUCGAUAAUGACAAUCGUCUUUUGUUACAACAACGUGCAACUGAAAAGAUCACAUUUCCUUCCUUAUGGACCAACACUUGUUGCUCACAUCCUUUAGACGUUGCCUCUGAGCGUGGAUCUGAGUUAGAUGAAGCGAUUUCAGGUGUGAAGUCUGCAGCAGAAAGAAAGCUACUUCAUGAGCUAGGAAUUAAGGCCGAAUAUAUUCCUAAAGAUCAGUAUCAAUUUUUAACCAGAAUUCAUUAUCUUGCACCCAGCAUAGAUAAAUGGGGCGAGCACGAGAUCGACUAUAUUCUAUUUUAUAAAGGUCAAGUUGAGUUGGACAUCAAUCCUAAUGAGGUGCAAGCCUACAAAUAUGUUACUAUGGAUGAGUUGAAGGCCAUGUUUGAAGAUCCACAAUACAAGUUUACACCAUGGUUCAAGUUAAUUUGCCAGCACUUUUUGUUUCAUUGGUGGACUGAUGUGGAUCAUUCAAGCAAAUUCCAGGAUCGAGAAAUUCAUCGGAUGCUAUAA